ACCUGCAUGCAGUGUGUGCGCAACAUCAACACAACAGCGUUCAGAAAAAUCGCUUUUUCGCGAUUAUUUUUGUGUACGCGAAUCCGGGCAAAUCUGUGCGCCUAAUUUUCCUUCCAAAGUUUAUCCUAAUUCGCGAGCAAAAUGUGUAUUUCCUGUGGCGGAAAGUCAGUGCCGUGCCUGUGAACUGUGCAAUUGCGACAAUAUUGGCGGUGUUAAAGAAGUGAAACUGUUGCCGUAGAAACAGGAAAAAAACCGGAUCCGAACAACAGAUCGUCGCAUAAUUGAGAAUCAAGCAGCCAAACACCCGAGAGCGUGUGCUCCCAUGCAAUGCAUACGCUGAGGUGUAAUGAUACGACCACAACAACGGCCACCGCAACGGGAGCCAUAACCGGUACUAGUAGCAGUACUGCCAGUGUCGCCGGAACUGUUGGUUCGGCAGUUUGUGCUAGUGUAGCGGGUACAUCGAUUUUGCAAUUACAACAGCAACAACAGUCACCCCUGCAGCCACAACAACAGCAGCAGCAAGCACAACAACAAUCACCUUCAUCUCAACUAACAAAAGGUGGUCCUGUGCGGUUAAACGGCAUCAAAGGCUACCAGAACCGAACUAACCAUAUCAUCUACUGUCCACCGCUGUUAAGGUCCAAGGAUGAUUGUACGGCGGUUGUGUACUUUGGUGGAGAUGUGCAGGACAUCCCGGAAAAAAUGGAAACCAACCGGGACAACAAAAACUACAUCAAGUGGAACUUGGAAAAUACCGCCCUGUUGCUGCGGGACUCCUUCCCUCGGGCACACAUAAUAGUGGUCCGACCGAUGCGCAUGGAGUACAGCACGUUCAGCUGUUUCGACAACUUUGUCCGCGGCAACAAUGCCGGCAUUCCAGAUCAUACGCCAAUGCACUAUUCACUGCAGCAUUUAGAAGAAUUGCUUAAUAAUUUGACGAAAAAAUUAACAAAACCUGUGUUAGAGCAGGAUUUGCUGCACAAGCUGAUAGCGGCAACCAACUCGACACUUUGUGGAACAAACCACGAGGGCAGUCAGGACAUGGAGGUGGAUGCACAUCAGUCAGACUUGCAGAACAAUGCGGUGGCCGCCGCAGCCGCCACCGGUACGAGCGCAUCCGCUUCAUCCUCCCUACUUAGCAGCAAUAGUGCCAGCAGUGCGGACAUCAACGAGUUGCUGUGGUGGCGUGAAAACCUGAACCUGGACAAGGCAAACCUCGCACUGAUGGGCUUCAGCAAAGGUUGUGUCGUGCUGAAUCAGUUCAUCUACGAGUUUCAUUACUAUAAGACCCUUACGCCGGACGACAGCACAAUGAUGCGACUGGUUUCCCGAAUAAAGGACAUGUACUGGCUGGACGGGGGACACGGGGGUGGCAAAAACACCUGGAUUACCUCCCGAAGUCUGCUGGAAACGUUGUGUCGGUUAGGGAUAAGCGUACACGUUCACGUUACGCCAUAUCAAAUCCAGGACGAUCAUCGGCCGUGGAUUCGGAAGGAGGAAAAAGCAUUUACCGAUUUGCUGAAACGGCUUGGGGCUCCCUUCGAUCGGCACCUCUAUCCGAGUGAGGCCAAUUCGACAAAUUUGUUCACCCACUUUGAGGUACUGAAUCGUUUCCGACAGUAUCAGAUCAAUGUUUUUGCACAGCAACAUCUACAGCAACAGCAGCAGCAGCAGCUGACCGCGACUAAUUUGUCUACCACCUCCUCGGAGGACAGUGUCCAACAGGAUCCGCAGGCGCAAGCGAUGCUUGGCCAGGACGAGGGCGUUGGACAAACGAGUGAACCGGUGGAAAUGAUUAUCGGCAACGAUACGGAUAUUGAGGAGGAGAAGAUUGUCGACGAUGACGAGGAGGAAAAUGGCCCCAAGUGAUCGCAUCAUUGUACGUUACUAUAUUAGGCUACUACUAGAAGGUUAGCCAGAAUCGUAUUUUUCAAAAGUGUGAUUCCAGUGAGGAGCAAUCCGCUAAGGUAAUUUUAAACUCAGCGUACUUCACAUUCAUCAAAACAUCCAACUAUUUGUGAUUUCAGGGUUGCUCUCUUUUUUACCAAGCAAAAGUCAUCUUUGUCAGCAUUUUCUAAUUUUUGGUUUUGUGGGAAACGUAAAAAAAACCCCACGGUAUUUUGGUUGUGUGGUCAAGCAAUUGUACAGCUAAUCGGUAUAACUUAUAGCAUGCCAUUUAUUUUGCGUAUAUCGUCAAACACAGAUUGUACUGCUCCGAGAAUAGUUUAUAUUUUUAUUUUCUAAAGAUAAAUUAGAAGGCAGGAUUAUAUGAGAAUCGCGUAAUAUAUAUAUUAUAUUUUAAAUAAUUUUCCUUUGAUUGUGUAAGGUUUACAAUAAUAAUCUGGCUAAACGCAAAUGGUUGGUUUUUGUGUCCGGUUUUCGAACGCAAACGCUGCUAUCCACAGGGGGUCGAUAUUUCUGACUAGUGUUAAGCGAUAAGAGAUAACAAAAAAAGCAAAGAACUCAAGAAAGUAUUCGGUUUGGAUCCAUAUUUAGGGUGUCGGAAAGCGUGUAUUUUUCGAACCACAAACGGAGUUUACACACAAAGCUUUAGGAUGCAGCUUUUCGGGGAAAAUUGUUGUUUCGAAAAUGUCCUAAAAUGUAUCGUGAAGUAAGCAAAAGAUUUUAAGGAAUAGAAAGAAAACAAUCAAAACGAAAUUCAACAGUUUUUUUGGAUGAAUGGUCUAAGGUAGAUGUUUGCUAUAAAAAUUGUGAAUAAAAAUUUAAUGCGAAAGUAAGCGAUUUUUCACGUUUGAA